CUGAGUUCCUGAGGUCCUGUCAACAUGGCUGUAUCAGGGAUCUUUCUAAUCCUUAUUGGAAUUAUUCACACACAGGCCAAGAUUGUACAUGUGGACACUGCCUUAAAUGGCUGCUCAGACUCAGAUGGAGACUUCAUGUAUGUCCUGGAUGGGGAAGAGCUGGGCCAUGCUGACUGGGAGGCUAAACAGUUAGUGGUGACCCUGCCUAAAUUUGCUAUUCCACCCCCGUAUCCGGAGGGUAUAUAUGAGACAGCAGUAAUAAAUCAGCAACUCUGUAAAGCGAACCUUGAAACUGCCAUUAGGUUUUACAGAAACCCACCAGAACCACAGGCACCCCCGAUGAGCUCCAUCUACCCCAGAGAUGACGUGACGCUGGGCACUGCCAACACCCUCAUCUGUCUGGUCACUGGGUUCUACCCUCCACGGCUCAUCAUAACGUGGACCAAGAAUAACAAAAACAUCACCAUGGGGACGAGUAACAGCCAGCUUCGCAUGAAUGGUCAGGAUGGUUCCUUCACUCAGUUCUUCACCCUCAAGUUCACUCCAGAGGAGAGUGACAUCUACACUUGCAUUGUGGAGCACUCAGCACUGGACAGGCCAAUGACCAAAGAGUUCGAUGUUGAGGUUCCUCCAAAGGUCAGUGUGGGUCUAUCCGUGUUCUGUGGAGUGGGACUGACCCUGGGACUGCUGGGAGUGGCUGCCGGAAUAUUCUUGCAGGUCAAGGCAAACCAGUGCAAAUGAAAGUUUAUUUGUAACAAAGGGGUAAUUCCUCGCACUUCUGCUUUAUCAUCUGGUGCAUCGACGGGAGAGAGGCAGGAAGUCUUCACUGGAGAGACAACACCGG